CGCUUUCCGCCAUUCAACAGCUGAGGACUGUGUUUGGAACAAAGACACUGACUACCCCGAUAUUCCGCCCUUAAUCUUUGAUGGCUAUUUCAACCUGGUUCUUCCCGUUCUGCAGCAGGACAUGACGCGAGAAGUCAGAGUCCCUUCAGGCACCGUGCUUACCAUAGCUUGUCCUGGCUCAAGUAACUCCAUAGAGCAGCUCGGGGAAGUUUCGGUAGAGGCCACGUGCUCUAGUGGAGUCAUGGUCGUCACUGCCGGAAUAAUAAGGCCUCUGAGCACGCUCGGGUGUUCUAAAACGAUUCGUUCAUCGAUAAAGAAUCACCUUGGGAGUUGCGGUGUUGGAGACCAUGGACAGCUAAACAUAAUUGGUUUCCGGAUUGGAGAACUAUUCUACGAGCAGAUUUUCGUUUGCUUCGACUAUAACGCGCAGACAACACUUUACACGAGGCACGUGGUCCACGGAGCCAGCAUCGGCGCCAAGGACACCGACAGCUCCAGACCGUCAUUCAAAUCAUCCACAGGAUACUUCAAUGUGUCCAUGAACACUGUAUACUCUCAGGCGUCACAGUCACAGCUUCUUAUAAAUCUUCUGGGAGACGAGAACCUCGCCAAUUCACUCUUCGACAAGUCCAAAUACUACUUCGCCAGAGGCCAUCUAACCCCUGACGCAGACUUCGUGACUGAGCCGGAGCAGGAUGCCACUUAUUACUACAUCAACGCUGCGCCUCAGUGGCAGGCUUUUAACAACGGCAACUGGAAGCUUCUGGAGUACGCCAUACGAGAUCUAGCAGAGCAGAAUGGAAGAAGCCUGCGAGUGUACACGGGAGGCUCGGGCGUUUUAGAGCUGGAUGACAUCAACAGCAACCCUGUGGAGGUGCACCUGGGUAUGGCGCUGGGCGAAAGUGUAGUGCCUGUGCCCGCCGUCACCUGGAAGGUGAUCCAUGAUGAAUACACUAACUGUGCAGUUGCUGUCGUGGGAGUGAACAACCCUCACCUAACGUCCCCGCCCCUCACUCUCUGUCAAGACCUGUGCUCGUCCAUCCCUUGGAUCGACUUCAACACAACCGACCUAACACGAGGUUACACGUACUGCUGCACUGUGGCGGACCUUCGUGCUGCUGUGCCUGACGUCCCUGACCUCGGCGACAUCUGUCUCCUUAGCGGAAAUGGCUGUUAACGGUGGUAGCGUUUACAUUGUGGGCGGAACGUUUGGCUAUGUCCUCCCUCUUUCAGUUAAUGAAUAAUAAAAUUUAGCAUUCAAA